UUUUAUGAUUAGCUAACGCGGCCGCUGUCUUUUUAGAUACGAGGUGAUCGUGAUGUGGAUUUUUGCAAGUUAUGAAGUAUCAAAAAAGUGAAUUAGCCGCCGGUAAGGAGUCACAGGUCAGUAAGGAGUCACACGCAGACUUUUAGUGUAGGUUAUGGCACUGAAACUCUCACUAAAACGAAGUGGCGUUCUCAAACCAGACGCCAUACAGCCUGCCUGUGGUAUGAUUGUCAGGUAAGUUGAAGCUGCAGCGUUGGGGACAGUGAGAGGAUGUCAGUGGGUGAAGUCCAGGUUACCCAGGCAUGGCUGCGUUCUCAAUGGCACAUCCAGGUCCCUCAUGCCUGGCUGGACGCUUGCGUGAACUGGAUAAAGGAGGAAGCGGAAAGCGAAGCCGUGCCUCAGAUGCUGCUGAAUCAGCGCGUCCUGGAGCAAUGGCUGCUGACUGACCUGCGAGAUCUUUCCCACCCGGUGCUCCCUGAAAGAAUAUCCGAGGCACAGAAAACCGAACUAAGUACCUGUUUCUGCCUUCAGAUGGACUCCCUGCUAGACGUCAGCCAGCCUGCCUACACUCAGCUGCAGCGUAUUCGGGGCACCGACUGCUCCAAUGAUCAAGUCUCGGCGGUCACACAGGAAACUCAGCGGCCGUGGGAGGCCAAGCCCACACGUAUGUUGAUGUUGCAGCUCACGGAUGGAGUGCAGAGCCUGGAGGGUAUGGAAUACCGGCCCAUCCCAGCUUUAAGCACCAACUUGGCGCCUGGGACCAAGAUACAGCUAGUCGGUCCCAUUGCCGUCCGUCUGGGGGUGCUGCUCCUGAAAGCAGAGAAUGUGAAGGUGUUGGGUGGGGAGGUGGAACAACUUUUGGAGCUUUACUCUCAAAGCAGAGUGCUUUGCGGGACACUCGGUUUGCCUGAGGAGAGCCAUCCACAAGCUGAGGAACCGGAUGACCUGGAGCUCCUGGCCAGUGUAGAGGCUCCAGCAGAGCUUCAGGUAGCUGACAGCGGCUAUGACAGCAUGGCUUCAGACACUUACUUCAGACCAGCUUGGCCCCAGCCUCGUCUUCAAGCGGCACCCAAUCUCAGAGAAGACGACUGGGACAUGGACGAAAUUCCAGAUGACGACUUCAGGAGUAUUCCAGACGAUUUUGACCACGUUCCACAAAAUGUGGAGGACGAUGCUCCUGAGGACUUUGAUGACAUCCCGUUAGAAGAGCUGGAGAGCGUCAUGAGCCCAAUAGAUUGCAAACCCAAUGCAAUCCAGUCCAGAGUCGAAGAGCCAAGCCUUUCACGUUUUCGGACUACUCUCAGAGUUAGUGACGCAUUUGUUGCUGGAUCCUCCGCAAACGCAGUUGAGGAACCUGAAGCAAACUUAUCUAACCAACCUAAAACUGAAGAACCAAGCCAGACCUUUCGCUCUAAAACUCUGCUUGGCACCACCAGCCAAGGCAGAAUCUUCAAUGAAGUUCCUCACACAUCCAUGUCAAGUUCCUCUACAAACACCGCUGGCUCUCUUGCUUACCUACCUGCUCCACCAUACCUCUGCGUGCUACAGGCUGGCCACUGGUCGCCCGCCGGAGUUCGAGUUUUACAGCUGCAAGCUUUCAUCGUUACACUCAAAGGAAAUCUGCGCAGUAGUAGUGGCGCGUGGAAACUCGAGGCCACUAUAUCGGACGGAUCCGGGUACUUGGAUGUGGAUCUGUCAGACGCCAUGCUCACUGAACUCAUCGGCUACACCGCAGCAGAGGCUCGAGUGCUGCGGAAAGACCCGUCGAGGCGCGCUGAGGUGGACCGAGGGAUUCUGCACUGUCAGAGAGAGCUGGUGGAUAUGUGCUGCAUGAUGAGCGUACAGGUGGAUGAGACGGGCAGAGGAGCUGUGCUCCGUGUCAGUCCGCUCUCCGACAAGGACUGCUCCGAGAUACAGAAAAGAGUGAAAGAGAGGAGGAACUAAACCCUGCUUAUUCUCUGGACUCUCUGUAAGCCUAAUCUGACAGUGUUUGUGUAGAAUCACUCAGUGCUUUCUUUUGAUAUUUUAGUGAUUCGCUUUGGUUCACACAGACUGAAGAAAACCGCUUUUAAUGCACUUCACUCACAUCUGUUGCAGAAUCCACCGUGAUCCGUUUUUGUAAAUAGUUUUUCGUUCGAUUUUUGCUGUCUUUUGAAUGUGAUUGAAUAAAUUAACAAAGAUCGUUUAAA